CGCUAGUUAGCGGCUAGCUAGUUACGCAGCAGCUCACUGUCUUCGGUCAGCUAAUCAAACAUCGGACCAAAGCCUGACAAAAUUCAGUGGGUUUUAGUUUUUCCUGCCCUAAGAUGAAUUUUAGCCGUUGAGUUCAGCGGUCGGUGCUCAGCAGAAGAACCGUGAGACGCGGAUGUUUCCGUCAAACGGUUUAACAAGGUUCGUUUGCGGCCCCAUUUCCCGUUUUUGGACGAGCUAGCUUAUCAGCUAAUCGAGGAUAGUCUGUUAGCAUCGACUGAUGGCGGAGCUUCGGAGCCGCUGGUAAAAAAAAAAAAAAAGCCCCGCCUCUGCAUGGCGAUCACAGACUGACGGCGGUGGCAGUGAGCAGCCAAUCAGCUGAGGCCCCCCACCCCAUAGCAACAUGGCGUCCCAUCAGAGGAACUCUGUCCAGAUCCUGUCGAGCCGGGAGCGGGGAUCCCAGACCUUCGGCUCUCAGAGGCUCCUGCAGCUGCUGGUGGAGGAGAAGGUCCGCUGGAUGAAGUGGCAGAGCCAGAAAGUGGAGCUGCCAGACAGCCCUCGCUCAACGUUCCUGCUGGCCUUCAGCCCCGACAGGACCCUGAUGGCCUCCACACACGUCAACCACAACAUUUACAUUACGGAGGUGAAGACUGGAAAGUGCCUGCAUUCCCUAGUGGGCCACCGUAGAACCCCCUGGUGCGUGACCUUUCACCCCACCAUCCCUGGCCUGGUGGCCUCUGGGUGCCUUGAUGGCGAAGUCCGGAUCUGGGACCUGCACGGCGGGAGUGAGAGUUGGUUUACAGAGAGCAACGUGGCCAUCGCCUCGCUGGCCUUCCACCCGACGGCUCAGCUGCUCCUCAUCGCCACCAACAACGAGCUGCACUUCUGGGACUGGAGCCGUCCAGAACCGUUUGCUGUCGUGAAGACGGGCAGUGACACGGAGAGAGUCAGGUUGGUGAGGUUUGACCCUCUCGGUCACAACUUGCUCACAGCGAUAGUCAACCCGUCCAAUCAGCAGAGCGAAGAGGACUCGGAGGUUCCGAUGGACAGCGUGGAGAUGCCUCACUUCCGUCAGCGCUCCUUCCUGCCUUCCCAGCCGGUUCGCCGGACUCCCAUUCUUCAUAACUUCCUCCACAUCUUGUCAUCUCGUGCACCAGGGGCUCAGGGGGGUGUGGAGCAACAGCGGCCUCUCGCUGAAACCGGUAGCAAUAUCGGGGAAUCUCCCAGCGUGCCUCUGACCCAGUACCCCGGCUCUGAACGUGGGCCCCCACUCCCGGGUUGCACCCAGCACCUGGGCCUGAUGUGCUUGUGCAACCGCUGCUCCGUCAGUCGGAACCCCUCCCUGGCUGCUUCCUCGGGGGCUCAGCCUGACCCCUCCUCGCUCUCCCCGGCCUCCACCUUCUCGUCGGCACGUACAGAGCCCAGACAGCCCUCAUAUCACCCUUCCGCCUUCACCACCAUCUACCAGAACACCAGCGCUUAUCUCAACUCCGUCAUCCCCAACACCAUGGAGCAGCUCUACAACCGCAGACCGCCAACAGACUGGACCCGCAGCCUGCUGGGCAUGAGGGACGGUGGGGUUGGACCAGCCAUACUGCCCCCCAGGACUUCCUCCUCUUCCUCGGUCAGCCUCUUGUCCUAUCUCCGGCAGCAGGACGGCUCGUCUCACUCCCCCGUCUACACAUCUGCCACCGAGGGGCGAGGUUUCCCUCAGCAGGGAGAUGCAGGGACCCGAGAUGCUGCUGGUACAAGUAGCGGCCACCACCCGUUCUGGGAAGGCUCGCGCGGCACCUCGGCCUCCUUCCGUAAUGUCCUGCAGUGCAACCUGAGCCGCUACUUCCUGGAGAUCGACCGUAUCGACAUUGACCCGACUCUGGGGGGCAGCGUUGGGGAGGGCGGCCAGGAGCCGAGCCAGGAGUUGCUGAACAACAACAUGGACCCUGAUAGACCGGGGCCAUCCUCUUCCUCCUCCACCUCCUCCCCAACAAUCAUCCACUACCAGCCUCCUCUUCCUCCUCCCCCCGCCUCCCAUAGCUCGGAGAACAACGUUCCUCCUUCAGCCUCCCGGGGUCACCUGAACCGCUGCCGGGCCUGCCACAACCUGCUGACCUUCAACCAUGACUCCCAGCGCUGGGAGCGCACCAACCAAGCCUCCUCCACCUCCGCCUCUGCUCCUGAGCCCCCCUCCUCUUCCUCUUCCUCUUCUCCUUACCCUCCAGCUGUGCCUCUCUGGCAGCCCGAGGACAGCAGGAGGACAUUCGAAACUCAGACCCUGGACAGGAGGCUGGUUCCAGAAUCCAGUGAGCAGCCGCCACCCCCUCCAGUGGGAGGAGCAGCAACUGUGGCCUUCCCCAUAGCCACGCCCCCCAACCAGCCCAGCGAACAGACAGUGGGCUUGGUGUACAACCACGACACGGCACAGUGGGAGAGGGUGUACCGGCAGGCUGCCACUAGCCGAACCGCUGAUCCACCGGAGGCCUUAAGCCAAGAAAUGCCUGUUGACCCUCCAGACGAGGACUCCCUGAGGAGGCGGCUGCUGGAAUCAUCUCUGUUGUCGUUGUCUCGAUACGACAUGUCAGGAUCCAGAGACCACCCCAUCUACCCCGACCCGGCCAGACUUUCUCCAGCAGCGUACUAUGCCCAGAGGAUGAUCCAGUACCUGUCGAGACGGGACAGCAUCCGCCAGCGUUCUCUACGGUACCAGCAGAACCGCUUGCGGGCCAUGUCCACUUCCUCUGACAGCCCGACCAGUAACCCGUCCAAUUCCAUGGACAACAGUGACGUGGACUUUGAAGAGCUGGAUGAUAAUGGAGACCGGUCAAGACACCGGACGCCACGAAAUGCCAGGAUGUCUGCACCCUCGCUGGGUCGCUUCGUCCCUCGGCGUUUCCUCCUCCCAGAGUACCUGCCUUACGCUGGAAUCUUUCAUGAACGAGGGCAGCCCGGUCUGGCCACACACUCCUCUGUCAACAGAGUGCUUGCUGGGGCUUCUAUCGGAGACGGUCAGUCUGCAGUCGCCAGCAACAUCGCCAACACCACCUACCGCCUGCAGUGGUGGGACUUCACCAGGUUUGAUCUGCCCGAGAUCAGCAACGCUUCGGUCAACGUUCUGGUGCCAAACUGUAAAAUCUACAACGACGCCAGCUGUGACAUCUCUGCAGACGGUCAGUUGCUGGCAGUUUUCAUUCCCAGCAGUCAGCGGGGUUUCCCUGACGAGGGCAUCCUGGCCAUCUACUCUCUGGCUCCACACAACCUGGGAGAGAUGCUCUACACCAAGAGAUUCGGUCCUAACGCCAUCUCUGUCAGCCUGUCACCGAUGGGCUGCUAUGUAAUGGUGGGUCUGGCCUCCCGCAGGAUCUUGCUGCAUCCCACCACCGACCACAUGGUUGCUCAAGUCUUCCGCCUGCAGCAUCCGCAUGGAGGAGAGACAUCCAUGAGGAUGGUUUUUAGUGUUGUUUACCCCAUGGCUCCGGACCAGAGACGCCACGUCAGCAUCAACUCGGCUCGCUGGCUCCCAGAUCCAGCCAUGGGUCUGGCUUACGGAACCAACAAGGGAGACCUGGUCAUCUGUCGGCCCGUGUUCUAUCGGAGCGAUGGUGAGAGUCCAGCAGAGCCGAGCAGCGAGCCGUUAUUCUCCGUCAACAACAGUGGAACCAGCCGCACCCGAGGUUCUGACAGACCAGGACCAAACCGCUCCGGCUGGAGGCUGGACAGGGACAUGGGACUGAUGAACGCCAUUGGUCUUCAGCCCAGAAACCCCGCCCCUUCAGUGACAUCACAAGGAACCCAGACACCGAUCGUUCAGCUGCAGAACGCAGAGACUCAGACGGAGAGGGACCUGUCAGAGCCCAGCGUCUCCCAGGCGCCUCCCAACGUGCCUCCUGAAACUCCGUCUACGAGUCGAGCAGCUCAAGUGCCGCCGGAGACGUCCGAGAGCAGCAGAGUCCAGGACAGCGAGCAGCCCGAGACUUCAGCCGAGUCCAGCUCAUCAGCAACUGGUUCCGGUCCGGUUGAGACUGCAGAGUUCGGUUCUGGUGAAGACGCUCUGGCCCGGAUCCGGCGGCUCAUCGCUGAGGGCGGCAUGACGGCGGUGGUCCAGCGGGAGCAGAGCACCACCAUGGCGUCCAUGGGCGGGUUUGGGAACAACAUCAUCGUCAGCCACCGGAUCCACCGGGGUUCCCAGACGGGCCCCGGGGCCUCCAGGCCCGCAGCCGACCUGUCCUCGCAGCCCCUCCUCCUCGCCCCGCCCAUCUGGGGCCCCUCGGUGCUGCGGGGCCCCCCGCCUCUGACCCUGUCAGUGACGGUGGACAUGGACGACGUGUUUGAUGGAGGACGGACAGACGAUGACUCCCUGCCGGGUCCUUCAUCCUCCUCCCUGCUGCUCCCCUCCCCCCCCUCCUCCUCAUCAUCAUCCUCCUCCUCUCACAGCCUCCUUCCUGGCAACGAGGGGGGGGCGAACAGUUACCCCGGCGACCCGUAUAGCAGGUAGUCCUCUGAUUGGCCGAGAGACGCACGGUGCUCCUCAGAGCCUUAAAGAAAUGGGUGCUGCUUUGACUCUGCACUGGGUCUCCCCCCCCCCCAGAAGAGAAGGGAGGUGACAACCCUGCCUCCCACCUCCUCCCCCUCCUUGCUCUUCAUUAAAAAUCUGAACCCAAACAAGAUCAUUCCACAUUCCCCUCCACGGCUGA